AUGACCCGCGGCGGUUUCAGAGGUGGCAGAGAUCGAGGCCGCGGAGGAUGGGGUGAUAGAGGCAGGGGACGAGGAGGAUUCUACGACGACCGAGACCGCGACCGCUUCGGUCCCCGCAGCCGCUCUCAGGAAGGGCGAUGGGGUCGCGACCGAGACGACCGUGACCGAGGCGACCGAUGGAUCGACCCCGACGCUCGCAGAGACCCCCGCGACGACCGCGAUCCCCGUGAUCGCGAGCUGCUAAGGCCCAAAGUCGACCGAGACCGAGAUCGUGGCGCAUCUUCACAGGCGCCCUCACCACACACCAAGGACAUUUCUCCGCCACCAUUAGCACCGUCAGCACCAGCAUUUGGCACAGUUCCGAGCAGAAACACGGGCGCUGCUGACGGAUCGCCAAUUAUCGGCGGCACCGGCAAAUUACCACCUACAGCCCCAAGAGCAUUCAACUCCGAACGGCCCGUCUCUGCAGGCCACGGCGGUGGCAGCGACUUUCCAGCACCGCCCACAGGUCCGGCGAAAUUGGGUCUCCCUGAGGGUAGCCCCCCCAUUCCCUCGGGUCCUCGAGCUCAGCAGCAGAAACAGCAAAGGCCGUCCAGUAAACAAUGGAUCAAUCCUGCGUUGGCGGGCAAGAAAAUUCCCGAGUCCCCCAAGAUGAUGCGAUCACAAAGCUUCGCCCAGCAGAAUCGACCGGCCCCAUUCAGACACGAGAGCGUACCCGCAGACCAGACCGAAUAUGAGAGACGUCCUCGCAGUAGCGAUGCAAAAGCUGAUUCUCAUGCGUCAACCACAGAAGGAUCGGUCAAAUCCUUGAACCUUCCUGAGCCUGGCGAAAUCAUCAUCAAAUCCGAGAGGGACAGUUACUCGGCCAGAGCGUCGAUGGAUCGGGAUGCAGAGCAUCUGGAUGUUUCAAGGGACACUGUUAUGACAGGGACCGACGCGCACGGACAUGAGGACUACCGACCCUCCUCGCGAGGCGACGAGCAUCCCAGCUUUUCUGACAGACAUGCUACCGAAGAUGGCUUGGUCGAGAAAAAGGAACAGCCACCCAAGCCCGUCAAGAAAAGUCGGAUGUCUGUACCAAAAGUCCGCUUUGUUUUGCCGUCACAAGAACCGUCGGCACCUGUGUCGGAGCAGACAUCUGAAUCCGACGACGAUGAGGACUAUGGAGAGUACUUCGCCAAUGAGAUCGCCAAGGAAGAGGCAGAGUUGCAGAAGCUGCAGCAGGCCGCCGACAAGACGCCAGACCAUAUUGCAGCUCAACUCGCCGCUUUUACACACGAGACAAUGGUGUUCCUCACGGAGUCACCAGGUUUAGUAGACAUGAUUGGGCCAAUUCCGGAGGUGGUCGAGCCGCCCAGAGAGCCCACGCCAGUCAAGUCACCCAUUCGCGAACAGCGUGACACGACCCCCAGAGUACCGAGCCCUGUCGUGCAGACCAAAUCAUCGCCCAAGGAUAACGUGGCAGAACCUACGCCGAAGAAGACUCCAGAGCCAGUGCUUGCGGCUGCUCCCGAACCGCUGAUGGCGCCCGAAGAGAAGCCUGAACUCGAGGAAACUCAACAGCCCGAAGAGAAACUGUUUCGCGAGAACUCUGUUGAGAAGCAGGCUCACGAAGACAAACCUGUCGAGCCUAUUAAGCCUGUCGAGCCUGUUCAGCCUGUCGAGUCUGUUCAGCCUGUCGAGUCUGUUAAGCCUGUCGAGUCUGUUAAGCCUGUCGAAGCUCCUGUUCAGACGCAAGUUGAAAAGCCCAUUGAAAAGCCAGCAGAGGAACCUGAAACAGAGCCGUCGGAAGAGGUUGUCGAGGAGCCUGUCGAAAAACAUGUUGAAAGACCCGUGGAGAAGCCAUCUGAAAAGCCAGUCGAGCAGGCUCCUGAAGCCGAUGCCGAGAUGGUUGAUGAACCUGUGGCGGCACCUACUGUUAUUGAACCACAACCGAAAACCGAAGAGAUGGACAUAGACGAACCGGCGCCUCUUCAUUCUGCGCCCUUGCCUCCGCUGGCACAAUCGCAGGACAAGGACCAAGAUAUUGCGAUGGAUGAUAGCGCCCCUAAAAACGCCUCUGCCGAGUCGACUGUUGAACGCGAAGGCUCCAAGGAACCGAUCACGAAUGGUCAGCCCCUGCUUCUCCAGCCCCCGGGUGAACCGAUCGAGACCAUUGAGGGAGAUAAGGCUCUGCCAAGCACACCGUCGCAGAUGGAAGACGACGAUGAUAAUUCAACCGAAUCGGAAGACACCGACGCCAUGCUCAUUGACAAGAUUCGUCAGUUCUCAGCAACACCCCCGAUUGACAGUCUUCCGGACUAUGGCUGUCGACCAUGGCAUCGCGACAGGGACUUUUUGCAAUCUCUUGAUUCGGACCCUGCGAUUGACAACUUCAUUCUGGAACAACUCGACAAGAUUUCAUUGGAAAGAAUUACGGCCCAAGAAGUGUUGCGCAAGGACUACGCCGAAAACUACGUCAAGUACCUCGACUUUACUGUCUCUAACGAUCCGAUUGCGGUGAAGAGUCGAGAAACGUUCAUCAGCUGUUUACCAAUGCCCGAAAAACACAUCCCCAUUCCUCCCCCUCCAGAACUCAAGCCCGAAGGCAGGGGAGCCGGCAGAAGGUACGCUAGCGAGCGUGAUCUUGAACGGGUCCUGCAGGCAUCUAUGCGCGAAGACGAGGAGCGUAAGGAGAGGGAACAAAGGGCCAUGCAAGAGAAAUAUCGCAGCGAAAAGGAGGCUGUCAUACCCGAGAUGCAUUGGACUCAGGAGGACAGAGACGCCGAGUACUUCAAAGACACGUCCGGAUACACUCCCGUGGAAAAGCUUGUGGCGGCCUGGCAGAUUCUGCCGCCCAUCAACAACUUCACUCCAGAAGAAGCGGAUCUCUUCGAGAAGAGAUACCUCACCAAUCCAAAGCAGUGGGGUGUGGUUGCUGAAAAUGUACCGAAGCGCAGCUUCGGCACAUGCAUCCAGUACUACUACCUGAUGAAGAAGGAACUGAAUCUCAAGGACAAGCUUAAGAAGCAACCCAAGCGCCGUAAGAAGGGCAGGGGUAAGACCCGAUCCAGUGCCCUCGUAUCAGAGCUUGGGAAUGCCGAGAACGAAGGCGAAGAGAACCAGGAGAAUGGUGAAAACGGAGAGAGGCGACGGCCUCGCCGUGCUGCUGCUCCUACAUGGGGAUUCGAGCAACCGCCUACCGACUCCGAGAAUGCCACUCCCGCCGGUACACCUGGUCGCCGUGGUAAAGCGGUGGACCCUGACAAGCCCGACGGCAGGAAAAGGGGCAGGAGAGCGGCUAAGGAUAAGGACCUUAAAGCUGCCAAACCCCAGCAGAGUCUUGCAGCGGCACCGACUCCAGCCACAGGCAAGGGGCGAUCACGGUCGAACUCCAGAGUUCAGAACUCCGAGUUCCAGCCGCCUCCGCCCGUUCCCGUGGAAAACCGACUGCCAUCGCAAUUUGAAGUGCCCUCUCCCGGCGUUCAAUCCCCUUUCGCGGCAGCUCAACAGCUGCCCCUCAUUGUCCAGGAACGUCCUGUCUCGGUUACGCCAGUGAUUUCCGAGGUAAUGGCACCUCCGUCGCUGCGACCUGAGCCGCCACCACCUCCUGCUCAACCGACGCUGGCAACCUUUGACAUUGCUCAGCCGCAGCCCGAACGUCGCCCUCCCAGUACGGCGUCAAGCUACUGGAGUGUUUCCGAGGCCAACGACUUCCCUGGUCUGCUGAAGUCUUUCGGCACGGACUGGCCAGCCAUCGCCGCUCACAUGGGCUCCAAGACAGCUGUCAUGGUUAAGAAUUAUUUCUUCCGCCAAAGAGACCAGGGCAAGAGCGACUGGGAGCAAUUUGCCAGUGAUGCAGAUGCGAAGCGAGCAAAAGGAGAGAAGUUGCCCGAACCUCCCUUGCCGACAACUGGAGGCAGGAAAAAAUACGACUCGACUCCAGGAAGUUCGCAUCGUGCCAUUGCUUCCGCGCCCGCGACCGCACCGCCCGCUACACCCGCGACAACAUCUGCACCUGGCACACCUGCAGCUUCCGCAGUACCAGCCGCCGCCGAAACGCCGAGUGAAGCAAUUACGCCCAAGGUUGAACCAGCUGCUCAGCCACCUUUUGGCCGCUUCACAAUGCCAAUCACUCCCGCACCUCCACCUCCAGCGCCACCUCAGCAGCAACAGCCAACACAAGCACCUGCAGCCCAAGCAUCCCCCGCGGUGCCUGCUCCUCAGGCAGUGACGGCUAUCCAGCCGCCACAUCCCGCUGUUCAGCCAGUCGUCACACAGUCAGGGUCGCCCAUCACUCGUCCUGUCAGAGCACCACAGCAGCCAGCCUUUGGGUUCCAAGAGAGAGAAAGGGAGUCCACUCAACCGCCCCACCCUCAGCCAGUCAGAAUUUCCCAGAAGCCAUCUGCAGCUCUUGCCGAGCCUGUUCAACAACGUCCUCUGGCUGCUGCCCAACCUAUCCAACCUGUGCAGCCUGAAUCCCAGCUCGAUCGACAACAUGCGGAGAGGCAGCAGCAGGCCGCACAGCAGGCGGCGCAACAGCAACAGCAGCAACAGCAGCAGCAGCAGCAACUAGAGAAGCAGCAGGCCAUCGAGAGACAGCAACAGCUCGAGAUCCAGAGAAUGGAACAGAUUGAGCGUGAGAGGCAACAGCAGAUCGAGAGGCAGCAGCAAAUUGAGAGGCAGCAGCAGCUUGAGAGGCAACAACAGCUCGAGAGGCAGCAGCAGCAGCAGCUUGAACUUCAGAGGAUCGAGCAGCAACAACAGAUGGAGCGACAGCAACAGCUUGAAAGACAACAGUUGGAGAGACUGGAGAGGCAGCACGCGCAACAGAUUGAAAGAGAGAGGCAGCAGAUGGAAAGACAACAACAAAUGGAGAGGCAGCAGCAACAGCAGCAGCAGAUGGAGGCGCAAGCAAAGGAACACCUGCGGCCAAUGGAACGAACGCGGUUAAAGCAGGAGCCUGGCAUGACACCGCCUCAGCAUCACUACGAACCUCUAUCCUUCCCUCAGCAGCAGCCUCGCGGCAUGCCUCUGCCACGAUCAGAGCCUCCUUCUGUUGCGCCAAGACAGGAGCCGCCUCGCGGUGCACCUACUCCAGUACCACAAGCCUAUGGCCAGCCAAUGCCUCAGCCGGGUGGUCGUGGCUUGCUAGGAGAUCCGCAGCCGCCUGUUAGUGUUUCGACACCGCCUGCCCAGCGACCCAUUGCUACUCCGCAGAGACCAAUGCCUACCCAUAUGGAUUCGUAUGGCACUCCUCCUCAACAGUCGCAACCUCCCCCGUCUGCGGCCCCUCCUCCAGCUCGCGCACCGCCUUCAAAGAAAUCCAACCUCAUGGCAUUGCUGAAUGACGAUGCUCCAGCCCCUCCUGCCGCACCUACGUCAACCCCUCAGCCCAAGCGUGUCAACGACGUAGCUCAAGGAAGGCCUUCUUCGGCUACACCUCCCCCCCAAGCCAUGCCGCCAAGAGGACCGGCGCAGCCGCCAGCACCCACACCAUUGCGGCCAGAGAGAGAACCUCCCCAGCCUUAUCCUUACAGUCGAAGUGCAGCUCCGUCAGCAUCUGCUAUGCCUCCCUUGAAGCCAUCAUACACCGCAUCACCACAAGCCCAACAUAUGAAUGCCCCAAGAUCCACCAUGGCAUCACCUCAAGACGCAGCAAACCCAAUGGACCGUCAAUAUUAUAACCGUCAUCAAUAUGACGCGCAUCAGGCACACGGGACGAACUCGCCUCAAAUAGCACAGCCUUACCAAUCGCAACCGCCGCCCCAAAGAGACCCUUACCAACCUCAGCCGGGCUAUUCUGCGUAUGGUGCUCCUCCUGCACAUGCCGGCUCUCCGCCGCCGCAGUAUGCUCAUCAGUCGACCUCUAGGAGAGAACCACCGCCUUCAAACCGGGAACCUGUUUGGAACCAGGGUCACUCGAUGGGACAGCCGCAGCCACAGCAACCACCGUCCUGGUCAUCGCAGCAUGCCCCGCCAAAACAAACUCAACCAGCGCCGCCUUCGUCGGCAACGUGGGCUUCGCCGCAUACAUCAGCCCAGAAGAUACCCCCAGGAGGUGGCAUGCCCCCGCAACCAUGGGCGUCCGGUCCGCCUCAGCAACAGCAGCAGCCGCCGCCUCAUCACCAGAUGUCGAUGAGAGAUGACAGAGGCGCUCCCAUGUACGGCCAAGCCCCUCAGCAUCAACACAUGCAAGGUCGUUAUCCACCAGUCUCGCGGGCUCCCGAGCCUAUGCCCCCUCAGGCGCAACAGCAGCCGUACCCACCCCGAUACGGAACACCCGCGCCAGUGCCUCGAGAGCAGAUGCCGCCGCAGAUGCAACAGCGCCCAUUCACACCUGUUGGUUACGAUGCUCGUGUGCCUCCUGCGGGUCCCCCGGGGGCUUACCCAGAUCCUAGAGACAUGCAACAGCAGGCAAUGCUUCGAGGACAAAUGCGUCCGCACGAAGGCUAUGAAAGGCAGAAUGACCGGUACGGUCGUUAG